AUGGUUUCAUUUGAGUUUGGAAGAAGUAGCACUGGUCUAGACAAUACCAAAUUAACACAGGUUGAGACAAAAUCAUCCUUUUCCACGGACAUAUCAGUUUACAACGAUAAUGAUACAACGAAUUUCAAGGAGAAGAUCGAUUUCAAUGACUGUGAACUGGGAGAAGCUUCUUCUGAUUUCAGUGAUUCCUCAGCCUAUGAAGACCUGAAAGAUAUUGAUCCUUCAAACUUUAGAUUAUCUCCUCAACACACAAUUUCACCUAAGCGUGAUAUAGACAUCAUAGAAGAUUUUCAAUCAAUAGCUAGUCCAAAUUCAGCUGAAAGAAUAUGUUCCCAAGAUAUUGAUCCAUCAUUUAAUAUUGGUGAUCCAAUUGAUGGACUGUUCUUAGAAUGUGAAGCAGUCAAUCAGGAUGAAAGCCUUAUUGCAACUGAAAUCGGCCCACAUGUAGAAAAAAUAACGGAAGAUGAUCUUCGUAUGGAUACCAUAGAUGAAGAUAUGACAGGGGGGCUGCACAUGGAUGAUAGUUUUAUGGAGUAUACAAACGUAACUAGUUCUCAAAUUGAAUUAUCACUGGUAGAGAAUAGUGAAGAGCUUCCAGAAGAUAAUGAUACUGUCGGAAACGUUUACAGUAUCCUGUGCAAUACUCCAUUAGAAAAUCAUCAUAAUACAUCCGAUUCUGCACCUGCUUUUCAAGAGUGUCCUAUGGAACAAGUUCAAGAGGAAAUUUCUGAGCUCAUACAAGAAAAAACAGAAAGCACACUUAUUCGUACUGAUACUGAUAUAUCUGCAAUAGUGGACAUUAAUAGAAAUAAAGAAGAUUACGAAAACACCCUUAAAAUAUACAAGGAGCUUCUUGGAGAAAAACUUAUUAGUUCUACUGAAUUAAACUAUGAAACUUUGGAUCAAAAUGAUAUAUCAGCUCGUCUUUAUCACUACAUUUCAAAAGUUGUUUCGGACUCUCCAACAUCACAUCGUGCUAGUGAGGAAUUCAAGACCUCUGAGAAUAAUAUUGUGGAUGAACCCGUAAUGGAUAUAGUUGUAGAACCAGAAAUGCUAGAUCCUAAAGCAAGCGAAACGAUUGAUAGCAGUUUUACAUCUACUGAUGAAAGUACUGAUAACAAGAAUAAUAUAUACUACCUGAAGGGAGAUAAUAUGGAAUCAAUACCGUUCCCAAAUGUCUCUGAUGACACUAGAAACAAUCCAACAUUUAGAAGUGCAGAGGAAAACAUGGAAAUAUCACGUGACAGUUCAAGAUCUGGUGAAGAAGAAUGGGAUAUGUCACUAGGUAUGAUAUCCACAAAUAGUGCAAAUCUGGUGAAUGGAUCACUUAGGAGCAUAAAGGUUGUAGUGGGAUCAAAUCUGUUUAAUGCAAAUGGAAGCGUUUUGCAGAAUAACAUGUCUCUAAAUUCUGGAUAUAGUCCAGUGUAUGAUGAAACAAAGAAACUAAUGCAAAAUAUAACUGAAAAACUUAAAAAGAUAAAUUACCUAAAGAAGAAAUUUAAUGAAAUUUGUUUUAAAAAUGCUAAUGAAGCCACAGUUAUCGAGAGGAACAGAUUAUCCUACUGUUUACUUGCUUCAAACACUAGCAAAUUGGCAUCUGUAAUAGCACAGUACAAGCAACUCAUAGAGUUGCAAAACAAGACCAUUGCUUCUAAAAGAAACAAUACAGUGAAAAUGCGAAAAACAGUUGUGGAAUCUAUGUCGAAGCGGCAGUUAUUCAAAAAAAUACAGCCAAAAAUCGAAUUCUUGGAGAGCCUAAAAUAUAAUCUUGCAAGUAUUCACAAAAGUACAGGAAUUACGAUAAUUCCAAUCAUUGAUAGAAAUUCAUUCCUUAAAACGAUUUUUUCACUUUCAUUUAAUGAUAAGUCUGAUAUGAGAUUUUUAAGUGAUACUUGUAAUACUCCAUGGCUCAAUGAAACUAUUUUGAAAGUUAAGAGGGCACAAAAACUUUUAUCAAUAAACAAUGAGGAUAGUAGCGGUACUAACAUAGGAGUUAAUGCUGUAAUAUUCAUUAAAACUCCAAACCAUACGGCAUCAAAAAAUUCAUCUAUUGAUUCCUUUCACAACACUCGUAGCAGCAGUUCUAAAUUCUUGUACAGCGGUCCAUUGACUGAGGGUAGUCAUGUUACAUCACACAGAACACUGAUAGAUCACUCUCCAUAUCCAAUACCGAAAAGAAGCUUUAAUGAUGAUAUUAUUCAUUCGAUAAUUACGCCAAAAAAUAAGAAUAAUAACAUUCAUGAAAAUAACGAAACUAUCGGAUCAGUGCAAACAGGGAAACCAAUAGAUGUGACGGAAGAAUUGCUUGUAGAAUAUUUUAUUCCGAAAGAACUGAAUUGGGAUGAGACAAUUGAUAUUCUAAGGCUUAAGCACGAUUUACGUGUAGUACUAUAUGCGCUCAAAUCAAACAACCGUUAUGGGUUGAAUGUUUGGCAUGAAUUCAACUCCGUAUUGUUAAACACAUUCAACAAAUUUCUAAAAAAUACAACUGACGCCUUUCUAGGCAAACUAGAACAAAACCCAAAUUUGUUUCAAUUAAUCAAUCACCUUGUUCGGAUUACAUCCAAUAUAGCGGCAAGGAUUCGUAUUAUAUCAAGAGAACUGUGCCAGUGGAUAUCUAUCACAAACACCCAUUCUUUUCAAUACAAUGGUACUGAAUUUAGAAUUAGAAGUAUGCUCUCAUCUGAAGAAUCAAAACCCUGUUUAUGGUGUGAUUUCGGAAUAAAUAUGAACAAUAUAUGCGCAAAAAAAACAAUUCUAGAAUCCAUAAAUGAAAUAAAAGUGCAAUUUGUGCACAACCGAUACAAGGGAACAAUAGUAGACGAUAUAAACAGGUCACUCAAAUCGAGUACAAAACACAACCACGGCGACCUCUGCACCUUUAUUAAAAAUAUAUGUAAACUAAACGGAUACACGAUAGUAUCCUCUAAAAAAUAG